AUGUUCGCUCGUGGUGAGGUCAAUGAGCCGGGUGACAUCGUAACCGUCAUCUUCGCGGUCGUCGUUGCCGCCACAGCUCUGACCCACAUCGCGCCUCAAAUCAUAACAGUCACCAAAGCCGCCGCUGCUGCGGACGAGCUCUUCCGCAUCAUCGACAAGAAGUCCGCUAUCAACUCCCUCUCAACCGCAGGGUUGACGCCCGAGAAAUGUGUUGGCGAGAUCAAAAUAAAAGCUCUCGAGUUUGCCUACCCAUCUCGUCUAGAUACACAAGUCCUCAACGGCCUGAACCUGAGUGUCCCUGCUGGUAAGACUACAGCCCUGGUCGGCACCAGUGGGUCGGGGAAGAGCACCAUAGUCGGGCUUCUAGAGCGCUGGUACGACCAAGCAGCGGGUCUGAUCCUGCUCGACGGCAUCGACAUCCAGAAACCCAACAUUGCCUGGCUACGCACGCAAAUUCGCCUUGUGCAGCAGGAACCGGUCCUCUUUAGCGGGACAAUCUUCGACAACGUCGCUUUCGGCUUGGUAGGCACACAGUGGGCGGAGGCUUCGUACGAGCAGAAGCGUGCUCUUGUGAAAGAAGCUUGUCAAGACGCUUUUGCGCAUGACUUCAUUGAGAACUUGCCCAAGCAGUACGAUACGCAGAUCGGUGAGCGUGCGCGCAUGCUGUCUGGAGGGCAAAAGCAACGGAUCGCUAUCGCACGCAGUAUUGUAUCUCGGCCAUCGGUUCUGCUGCUGGAUGAAGCGACGAGUGCUCUUGACCUGAAGGCUGAGAAGAUUGUCCAAAGCGCACUGGAUAAUAUCUCUGUCGGCCGAACUACCAUCACCAUUGCGCACAAAUUGGCUACGGUGCAGAAGGCGGAUAAUAUCGCUGUCAUGUCCGCUGGUAGAAUCAUCGAGCAAGGGACGCACCAUGAACUCAUUGCCAGAGACGGUGCUUAUGCGAGACUUGUCCGGGGGCAGGAUCUGCAGAAGACAAAUUGCAAGGCUGAAGAGCAGGCUGACUCAGAGAAGGCAGUUAGUGAGGAGAAGGAUGAUGCGAAGUCUGCCGUGAAGCUGUCGCUGCAUCGCACAAGGACUGUGGGUGCUGAGUCUCUGUCUGUGGAUGAGAAGGCCGAAGCACUUGCAAAGGAGACUAUGGGAUACAGUCUCAUUCGGUGUCUGUGGCUUUUGAUAAAGAAGCAGCGGAAGCUAUGGGGAUUGUACGCGAUUGUCGCUUUCGUGUGUAUUCUUGGAGGUCAGUGUUGCCCUAGAAAGGUGGAGAAUGGGGAGUGA